AUGCUAAAAAGCAAUACCAAACAAAUACUAAACCCAAUCAAGAGGAUACAACAUGGUCUCGCAUAUUCCUCGAGGACUCAAAAACCAAUAACCAAAUACUCCCAAGAUCGAAAACGAUAUGCCUAUGAUGAAGACACUCUCACACGAAUUGAAAAGGACGAGAAUUAUCGCGGGAUAACAGAGAAUAGAGUAAAGCCUUAUACCACAUUUCUUGGACCUGAAUUUGAACUAAACAUUCCUGAGUUGACCUGUGUAGCAUAUGGACUUUCAAAUACUGAGAUUAUUAUAAAUGAGAAUAAGGAAGAUCCAUUAAAUAAUGUGAUAUAUGAAACUAAGAAACUAAGGCAGUUGGGUAAGAUAUUAUAUCAAUAUACAUUACUUACUGACACUGUAUUUAAAUCACCUGAAUAUUUAUCAAGACUGGAUGAAACUGUUAAAUAUGAUAUGGAAGUAUUGGUUAAGGAUAAUUCAUUAAUUACCGAGUUUAUGAAAAGUAGUAAACUAUAUGAUUGUUCAUUUGUCGAUUCUCAAUUUAAUGUCAGAAGGAUACAUGUACAUAGAAACAUUGGUGAAGAACGACACCAGUUUAUACAAUACGUUAAGGAUCAAACAGUGGUUGGAAGUUUCUAUACCAUGCUUGGGUUUUUAUUAAUCAAGUAUGGUCGAGAAUCAACCAAGAAAUUCAUCCAAUCAAACAUAAUUCAUGCUCCACAUGGUAUUCUACAAAUAAUCUAUACAAGAUUGUCUUAG